CCUUAAACUUGGUACACUAGUAUCGCGAAUGUGUGCCGCGUUCGACGCAUGUAAACUACAUUGUUAUGAUAACGCACUGUCUGCUCGCGUUCCAAAUUCAAAAAUAGUUCGUGAAAAUUUCGAAUAUAGAAUAGAAUUCUUUUGAAUUUUAACAAUUCUUUUUAAGUCUUUUUAAAUUAUACAUUCAAAUAAAGAACUAUUAAAUUUAUUAUUAAAAUAAAAUAUUAUUUUUAUUUUAAUUAUUAAAAUAGAUUGUUCGAUAUCGCAUGAGAACUAUUUUAUUUGCAAUAUACAUAAUUAUUUUUCAUAUUUUUUAUUAUCAUAUAUGAUAAUUUAAUUAUGUAAAUAAUAAAAUAAAUUCGUUAAUUAGGCAAUAAAAAGUACGUAUAAUAAUAGAAAGAAGAAAUAUUAUCGGUACACGAAUUUUUGUGCUUACCUGUUUUCCUGCAGAAACAAACUCGAGAAGAAUGUUGACCACAAUAGCGUUCUUGGCAAUGCUGGUGACCAGCGCUCGAGCUGCCUACACUCCUCAUCCAGAAAUCGGAUAUCCCCUUGGAUACCUACCUGAAUGUCCGGGAUCCUUCAAGAAUGCCAGUAUCAGUCCCAAAAUGUUGCAGUACCUUCAAGUAGUGUUACACCAGUGGAGCAACAACGGCGCCAUCAGACAUCGGAUGCCCGUCAGCAAUGCUGCUAAGAUGGUCAAAAUUUAUAAUUUAGAUCUUAAAAACAAAAAGACGGUGAUUUACCUGGUCGGUUUCCUGGACGCCUCGGCCUUCCUCCAUACUGUAGCGGUGGCGUCAUCUUACGCAAAACGUGGUUACAACGUCUUCGUUUCAGAAACGAUCGCCUUCCUGUCACAUGUCUAUCCAAAAUCAGUCCGCUUGGCCAGACCGAUAGGAAAUAAAAUAGGUGAAUUUCUCGUCAAUCUAACCGCAAUGGGAAUGAAGCCGGAAAAUCUAGAACUCGUCGGUUUGAGUCUGGGAUGUCAUGUGGCUAGCUUUGCCUCUAAAUACUACUACGCUGCUACCGGCAAAAAGCCGUCGAGAAUUACCGCCUUGGAUCCAGCAGGACCGUGCUUCAGGACAGCUACACCAAAUAACAGACUGGACGCAUCGGACGCUGAAAGAGUCGACGUACUGCACACUAACAUUGACGGUUUUGGAAUAGCCGAGAGAUUAGGGCAUAUAGACAUUUAUAUUAACGGCGGUGAAUUCCAACCGGGGGAUAUACCAGCGGUGCCUUGUUUAGUUCUAUGCAGUCAUGUCAAAUCAACCCUGUAUUGGUGGCAGGCUUUGGAGAAUCCGAAGAAAUUCAUCGCUGUCAAAUGCGACAACGUGCAAGAUGCUAGAUCAGCCAAUUGUUAUAAAAAUAGCGAUAUUAUAUACGUAGGUUUGAAUACUGACUUUGACAAACCAGGCGUAUAUUAUUUGUCCACGACAGCCGAAUAUCCGUAUUACAGAGGAAAAGACGGAUUGACUGGUGAAAACGAGGUGUUCACGAACAUAUUGAGAAAAAUGAAUUCCGAUGAUAAUUUUGAUGUAUAAAGUCGUGUUGGAAAACAA